AUGGACCAAAGCACGACUGGGUCCGCCCCUACCUCUGCCCAGGCCGUAGACUAUGGAGCCCUUCUUGGGGCUGCUGGCAAUGUAGAAGAAGCAGGAGCCAUUGUCGCCACAGCUCUCGCGCAGAGACUCUCUCAAGCUCUCUCGGUACCGGAGGAGGAUGUUGAUAUCAAUAGGCCUGCUCAUUCCUUCGGCGUGGACUCUCUGGUGGCCGUCGAGCUGCGGUUCUGGUUCGCCAAUGAAAUGAAGGCAGAGCUCUCGGUCUUCAACAUCCUGGCGGACUGUAGUAUCAGGGAGUUGGGUCAGCAAGCGGCUGGCAAGAGUCAAUAUGUGCAGAAGGGGCAAGGGAACUAA